AUGAGACACGAAGAUGGGUUUGCUAAACUUGAGGGAAUGAUGCAACAACUGAUUGGGUCCAAUGGAAAGCUAACUGGCAGAGUAGACUCACAUGAAUCAGCGAUAAAGAAUAUUGAGAUCCAAUUAGGACAGAUUUCUAUGGCCCUAAAUAAUCGUCCCCAUGGGAUGUUACCUGCAGACACCCAAAUCAACCCAAAAGAGCAGGGCCCGAAGCAACUGAUGGCAGUGAGUCUCCGAAGUGGUAGAGACUUAGAUCUGGAGCAAGAAAUUGCUCGCAAAAGUAGACCGACUAUGAUAGUGCCAGUACCCAUUGAGGUAGAUGAUUCAUCAGGGUUAAUUGAGGUGACGGUACAACAUGCACAAGAGAACACCAACAAAGAAGAAGAGGUUGUGAAAGAUACCGAGGUUGCACCGGAACCGACAAUAGAAGCAGUGCCUGAACAAGAGAAAAAUCUAAUCACAGGGAAGAAGCGACCUCCAGCACCAUUCCCACAUAGAUUGGCCAAAUAUCAGAAAGAUGAGCGGCUAGGCAUUGGAAGAGCUAGACCCACAUCUAUGUCACUACAGCUGGCUGACCGAACAAUGAAGAGGCCCUCUGGGAUUCUAGAUGAUGUAUUGGUACAUGUUGGGAGGUUUGUGUUCCCAACAGAUUUUGUCAUCCUUGACUGUUGGGUUGACGAGGAAAUUCCCAUAAUUUUGGGAAGAGCAUCCUUGGCCAUUGGGAGAGCUUUAAUUGAUUGUAAAACUGGAAAGCUCAAGAUGAGAUUAAACGAUGAAGAGAUAACAUUCAAUGUGCAGAAAUCUAUGCGGAGACCAAGUGAAUUUGCUAAUUGCUCUCUAAUAGAUGCGGUGGAUGUAGUUUUGGAGAAGGAUGAUGAGGCAUUGAACAUUAAAGAUCUUCUAGAAGCCUGUCUCAUGAACCUAGAUGAAACUAAUGGUGAAGACUUAGCAGAUGGGGUAAUUGCUCUUGAAGGACAAGGUUUUUCUGCAAAGCACGGAUUUGAUGUGCAAAAAUAA